UCACCGAUCCACGGAAAGAGCUGAAGAUGUCGGCUCGGUCAUGUGAUCAGCUGUGUCCAAUCACAGCUGAUAACAUGGGACAUGCACACUGAUCAUCAGAGCACUGAUGAUCAGUGUGCCCUGAUGAUCAGUGUAGCCCCAGCAGUGCCACCUGUCAGUGUCCAUCAGUGCCAGCUGUCAGUGCUCAUCAGUGCCACGUGCCAGUGCCCAUCAGUGCCACAUCAAUGCCACAUAUCAGUGCCUACCAAUGCACAUCAAUGCCACAUAUCAGUGCCCAUCUGAGCUGCCUUUCAGUGUCACCCAUCAGUGCCAGUCAGUGCCACCUAUCAAUG